GAUGUGCACGCGGUGAGGUCGACGCACAAGCGGAGAAGGAUGUCUGGGUUGGCAGACGCAUAAUCCACAGUGAAGCAGUCGCAGAGGAGAGAGGAACCUAACCAGCUAGAGCAGCGAUCGGCCCGCACUUACGGCGGCACGGCUCGCAACCCACGGGCAGAAGUUGGUUCGGCGUGAUCCAAACAACUGCUGGGACCGAACCGAAAGCGCGCAGGUACGACAACUUCCCACCUGCAUCCCAGGCGCCGUUUGUCCCGCGCCGCACCCCCACAAGCAGCCCCCUUUGCGUGUGCCCUGCGCGUUGCUGCUUCCUUCUAGUCGCUCCUUUGCACGACCCGUGCCCUUUUUUCUUGCUUGCAUGACGGCGGCCCUGGGCGACGGGCCUUUUGCGAGCGUCGCACGCUGAGAAGCUGCGUGACGGCCAUAAUACACGACUGACAGCGCGCGCAGCACACCGGCCAGAAGCAUGGCGGAGAGCAAGCGCCAGAGCAUCGCCGGCAAGAUUGCGACGCCCAAGGGCGGGCCAAACAAGGACGCCAUCGACGGCGACUCGAUGCUGUACAAGGCCGUGGGCGCGCGCAUCAAGAUCACAUGCGCCCCCCACAACAACGUGCUCGAGGGCACCCUCUUCACCACCUGCAGCGUCACCAAUGCCAUCGCCAUCAACACCGCGCCCGCCCCGCCGAACCCGUCCGCCCCGCUUUCGAGCCAGCCGGGCGACUACCACAUCAUUCCCUUUGCGCACAUCCUCAGCUUCGAGCUGAUCGGCGCCGGUGAGCGCGCAACAGCGUCAGGCCCCGGGUUCGAUGGCGCGCUGCCGCCCAUCCAGAAGGUGGACCUGGCGGCCAUCCGCGCGAGGGAGGAGCACACCAUCCGGGAGAUGAAGAAGAAGGAUGCGCAAAAGGGCAAGGGCGUGAGCAAGGAGGCGCAGGACAUCUUCGACGCUGUCUCCAGGCUCCUCCCCACGCGCUGGGCCGACGCCCAGAUCGUCGUCAACGAUGCCGUCCUCAUCAACCCUCCCUACACCGUUGACAACCUCGCCGCGCCCGCCGGCAAGGAGCAGAGCGUGGCCCAGGUCCGCAAGAUCCUGGAGAACCACUACCAGCGCAAGAAGAACGCAGGUUCGCGCGCACCCGUCGCCACACCCAUUGCGCCGCGAAAGGGCGGCUGAACAGAGGCUCACGGAGCGGCAGCUGCCCAACGCCUGGCUUGUGGGGGUGGCAUGUUGCAAUGCCACGGUGCAGACAUGCACAAAGUGGCAUAAGUGCGACUAUUGCCGGAGGAGGACGAGAGGUUCGCUUGGUUACAGGGGAAGCGUGGAUAGUAGCAUACUGAUAUGUAUGGAUCAGAGCCCACUGAGCAUAUACAGCAGGAAACAAUAAACAAUCACCCUCUCAAAAUUCGAUCAUG